UGUGUGUGUGUGUGUGUGUGUGUGUGUACAUGCUGCAGUGACUGCCUGCAGGCCCUAGGAUGUCUCAGGACUUGGCUCUCCUCUUCCAGCGCAGGCACAGAGACUGAAAUCAAGUCGAAGCCUCUUUCCUGCUGAGCCAUUUUACCAGUCCUCGUCUUCAAUUUUAGAAUGUUCCUUUAUUUCUUUUUUCCUUCUCUCUCCCGUUUUUUGAGAUAGGGUCCCUCACUGUGUUGCUCAGGUUGGUCUCAAGCAACCCCCCUGCCUCAGCUGCUGAAGCCGCUGGGACUAUGGCGUGUACUGUCACACCAUGCUUAGAGUUUUGUCUCUUUGUUGACUUGUUUGCCAAAUUUUUCUUUUUUCCCCAGCAUCCUGUUCCUGCUGCUUUUGAGCAAAAAUGUCCUCUUACCUCUCAGAAGAUUCUAGUAUUACUUGUCCAUGGUCUCUGUUUUUACAGUUGUUGAUUGUCCCUGGGGGUUUGUUGGAUUCAUUAGUCAAUUUAGACCCAGUUUAUUGCUGUGAAGCUCAGGCUGGCCUCUAACUCUCAAUCCUACCGCUCCAGCUUCUUGACCGUUGAGAUUACAGGUGUGUCAGCGUGCCUGACCCAGGUUCUUCUUUUUACCUUCCUCUUUUCUUUUUCUUUUUUCUGUCUUCUGCAUCAGAACUCCUCAGAGACUGGAGACGCGCUGCUGGGGGCCCCUGGUCUGGGAAGUUUGGUCAGCCUGAGAUAAGAGCAGUGUUUCCCUCAGAGUGAGUGCUGUGUCUUGCAGUCCCAGGCCCUGCUCCGUUCCUGCAUGCUACAGCAGAGACUGUCGUCCACACCAUGCACCCCCACGCCGCUGUCCUUUCCUGUCAGCGUCCUGCAUUCCUGCCCCUCUGCCCGUGUGCCUCUCCUUCCUGUUUAGGUUGGACAGGCGGCUGGCUCUGGCCACCAGAACCGUUGCUGGCCUUGGCGGUGCUCACCUGCUGGGCAGACAGAGAUGGAGGCCAACAUCCCUGGACCCAGAAGAGAAACUGAAGUCCAUUUGUGGAAGCACUCAGCAGGCCGGAAGGCCGCUGUCCAAGGCCGAAACAUCUCACCAUUGUUUUGCAGCUCCAAACAGGAAGGGAAGGAAAGCUCCCCGAUUCUGACAGAAAAGCAAGCCAAACAGCUCCUGAGGUCCCGGCGACAGGACAGACCCAGCAAACCUGGAUUCCCGGAUGAGCCCAUUCGGGAAUAUGUGCAUCACCUGCUGGCCCUGGAGCACCGUGCUGAGGAGCAGUUUCUGGAACACUGGCUCAAUCCCCACUGCAAGCCUCACUGCGACAGGAACCUGGUCCACCCCGUGUAAAGGGCCCCCGGGCCCGCUCGCAGGUUGACAGGCAGGGAUCCAGAGGCCGCUGGAACAGAGAGAAGCUCAUCUUCUAUUUGCUCUGAAGCUGCAGAAGUGAGAUCUUCCUGAUCUCAGGAACUUGCGGUCCCUUGUGGGCAGGCCAGAAGUUGCCUUCAAGGGAAACGGCAAAUAUAUAUUCUGCUCUGUUUUACUAACCUGCCCACAUCAUGAAAACUAACAGCUUGAAUCACAGGGCUCCUGAAGGCCUUCCUACCAGUUUGUGAGUCUAGGCAGAGCCCAAGUCCCCCCUCAAGGGAUGGAGUUGGGGGCUGCAGAACAGGCAUGGGGUGGGGUGUCUGCACUGGGGACCUUGGGGAUAUCUUUCUCAGAAGGGGGAAGUGCAUCACUUGGAGAUGCUGAGUUUUGAGUCAUCUGCUUUUUUAUUUCUCUGCUGCACUUAUAAAGGCUGACGUUUAAUCUU